AGUUGUCGCCCUAAGGUCCCCCGGAAGUAGCGCUGAGCAGUUGUUAGCAGCUAGCUUGCUUUGUGGACCGUCCGGUCGGAUCUCAGGCCAGUUUGGAUCAGCAGCUGCAGGAAUGGGUUCAGUUCUUCCUCUCAGAGACUUUAUCAGGCAGAGACUGGAUGCUGCUGCGGAGGAGAUCUUCUCCGAGGUGGAGAAAACCAUCAUCCGCCUGGAGGAGGAGCUGGCCGCCCAGAGCAAGCUGCUAGCUGUGUGCCUGAAGCCGCAGGUCAGGCUGCAGAGGCUCGGACUUCCUCCCAGACGGGUUUAUAAGGAAGAGGUUCUGACCGACUACGGGAGUCUCUGUGUUCAGGACAAGGUGGAACCAGAACCUCCACGCAUUAAAGAGGAGGAAGUGGAGCUGUAUCCCCCUGACUUCACACAGAACCUCACAGAACCAGAACCUCCACGCAUCAAAGAGGAGGAAGUGGAGCUGUAUCCCCCUGAGUUCACACAGAACCUCACAGAACCAGAACCUCCACGCAUCAAAGAGGAGGAAGUGGAGCUGUAUCCCCCUGAGUUCACACAGAACCUCACAGAACCAGAACCUCCACAGACCGAAGAGGCUCAGCAGCAGCCAGAACCUUUGCAGGGAGAAGAAGCUUUGGAUGAUCCAGAAUCUCCUCCGAAUGGAGAUGAACGAUGUGGACCAGAACCUCUGCAAAUGGACCAGACCCUGGUGGAGCCAGACAGUCCGCAGAUCAUAGACGACCUGGAAGAGUUAGGAACUUUUGACAUCGAAGAGGCCCUGUCAGAACCAGGAUGUCCACAGAUUAUAGACGACUUGGGCGAGUUGGAGUACCUGGAUACCAAGGAGGACCUGGAGGAACCAGAACCCCUGGAAUCAGAAGAUAAUCAGGAAUCAGAAGACCCAGAAUCUCCCCAGAAUAAAUCCAGAAAAUUGGAGUUCUGGACCCGACAUGACGAUGAGAGUCCACUGCUUAGGAAGGAGUUUGAUACCUUUGUGCAGCGACAUAGAGAGUCCAAUAGCGCAGAACCAUCGGGGAGUUCUGAAGACGACCCGGCAAACGUCCAAAUACCAGACCAGAACCGUGUUUAUCAGGAAGACGUUCCAACUGAGCCCGAAAGGUUCCUCAGUGUGGAUUCAAAGAAACCAGGGUUUCUGCAGAUUAAAGAGGAGCAGGAAGAAGUGAGCUCCCAGCAGUCCGAAGACUCGAAUGAACCCAAACCCUUUGUUUGUAAGACCUGUGGCAAAAAGUUCUCCAACAUGUUGCUGCUGCAAGACCACCGAGACACGCACCAGAACGAGAAGCCUUACUCCUGUGAGUUGUGUACGCGGCGCUUCACCCGGCAGUACACUGCCUUCCGCCAUAUGAUUACGCACACCGGUGAAAAGCCCUUCUCCUGUAAGAUCUGCGGGGAAAAGUUCGGCUUGAACAGUCACCUGGUGCGCCACCUGAAGCGCCACACGGGGGAGAAGCCCUUCUCCUGCCACAUCUGCAACAAGACCUUCAGACAGAGCAACACCCUGACCUGUCACGUCAGAACUCACACAGGGGAAAAGCCCUACCCCUGCAGCAUGUGUGGGAAGGGCUUCGUCACGAGGGCCGCUAUGAACAUCCACAUGAGGGUUCACACAGGAGAGAAGCCGUUUACCUGCAAAGUGUGUCACAAAACCUUCAGUCGAUGGAAUGGGCUAAGCUUCCACAUGAGGACACACACAGGGGAGAAGCCGUAUUCCUGCAAACUGUGUGGGAAAACCUUCAGACAAUCCAGCCACUUGCUGUGCCACAAGAAGCGCUGCCAGGAACAUCAGACUCAAGAGGAGCAGGAAGAAGUGAGCUCCCAGCAGUCCAAAGACUCGAAUGAACCCAAACCCUUUGUUUGUAAGACCUGUGGCAAAAAGUUCUCCAACAUGUUGCUGCUGCAAGACCACCGAGACACGCACCAGAACGAGAAACCUUACUCCUGUGAGCUCUGUAAGCGGCGCUUCACUUCGCAGUACAAUGCCUUCCGCCAUAUGAUUACGCACACCGGUGAGAAGCCCUUCUCCUGUAAGAUCUGCGGGGAAAAGUUCGGCUUGAACAGUAACCUGGUGCGACACAUGAAGCGGCACACCGGUGAGAAGCCCUUCUCCUGCCACAUCUGCAACAAGACCUUCAGACAUAGCGACACCCUGACCUGUCACGUCAGAAAUCACACAGGGGAAAAGCCCUACCCCUGCAGCGUGUGCGGGAAGGGCUUCGUCAAUAGGAGCUGUAUGAACAUCCACAUGAGGGUUCACACAGGAGAGAAGGCGUUUACCUGUAAGAUCUGCGGGGUAAAGUUCGGCUUGAACAGUCACCUGGUGCGCCACCUGAGGCAGCACACGGGGGAGAAGCCUUUCUCCUGCCACAUCUGCCACAAGCGCUUCAGCCGGAGCAACAACCUCACCUGUCACGUCAGAACUCACACAGGGGAAAAGCCCUACCCCUGCAGCGUGUGUGGGAAGGGCUUCGUCAGGAGGGCCGCUAUGAACAUCCACAUGAGGGUUCACACAGGAGAGAAGCCGUUUAGCUGCAAAGUGUGUCACAAAACCUUCACUCAAGGGGGGGUGCUGAGCUACCACAUGAGGACGCACACGGGGGAGAAGCCGUUUACCUGCAAAGUGUGUCAGAAAACCUUCAAUCAACAGGGGGGGCUGAGCUACCACAUGAGGACGCACACGGGGGAGAAGCCGUAUUCCUGCAAACUGUGUGGGAAAACCUUCAGACAAUCCAGCGACUUGCAGCGCCACAAGAAGCGCUGCCAAAGGGUCUGACCUGCAGAAUGAAAACAUCUGGUUUUCUGAUCCUGUGCUGAAUGAGUUAAAAUAAACUGGACCUUAAAGCGGCUCUUCUGGGCCCAUUGAUACCAGGAGAACAUCGGACACUGUUAACCUACUGCAGGUGGCCCUUCUAUCGGUAGCAACAGCGUUAGCAUAUUUAACGAUUGUCAUGUCAAAAAAUAAGCACAGGAGAAAAGAGGAGUGAACUUGUGUUGGGGGUUGGGCCUUCCUAUGAUUAAAACACCUGCACACCCAUGUGUGGCAGUUUUGACAGACAGAGGAAGAGACUGGCUCCUGGCAAGCAUGUUUAAGCUCAUGGUUCAAUCACCAGAUACACAACUGGUAAGAAGAAAAUAAAGUUAGCUAUUAUUAUUAUAUUGUUUAUUGAAAAAAAAAGAAAAGUUGAGGU